UGUAUUUAAGGUGUCCAUAAAUUCCUGUUCAUAUAUAGCGUGCCCUUAAUCGCCAAUCCAAUAAAAAGAAUUAUUAUUUUCGUUUUCUUUCGAUCCCUAAAAAAGAAUUAUUAUUGUUCAAUUUAUAUUCUUUGAUCAAGAAAUGGCUACUUACAACUUGGAAGAAAGUCCAGACGUGUUCAUAACCCCACACUUUUACGACAAUGAGUUCCAGUAUCGAAUGGUGAGCAUCAGUGGAGAGGACGACAGAAAGGUAAUUCGUUCCAUAGACUUAAGGAGUGAUAAGUUAAUUAUAUAUGGAACGGAGAUUAAACAAUCUUUAUUCAAGAGGUUAUACGAUUCCCUAAUUAUAAGGCCUAAGGCAGGGAUUUUAUAUGUUAAUUGCGAGGGAGCUUGUUAUUUUCUUAUAUCUGGGAAGGGUUGUCAUAGACCAAAUCAAAAUUUAAUCUUUGAUUGGUCUCCUUUUGGAGUCACAAUUCCAAAUUCUGUUAAUGAUUCUCUUAAAAAACAGCUUCAGGAAAAAGAUAAGGUGAUUAGUGUUUUAAACCAUCAAUAUUCUUUGAUUGAGGUUGAGAUGUUAUCUACCAAGGAUGAUUUGAAAGGUUCAAUGGAACAAGUAGAGAAACUUAAGGAACAAGUUUCAUCUUGUAAAAAGGUACAAAAUGAAAUGGGAGUUAAAAUUCAUGAGGCGUAUGAACGAGUUGCUUUGGUUGAUUUUGAGUUAGAACUUUAUAAGAUUGAGUUAAAUUCGUAUAAGAAGGGUGAAGAAGAGUUGUUGGAUCAAAUAUGUAGUUGUAAAGAGGGAUGUCGAAAAUUGGAAUUAGAAUUAGAAAAAAGACAUGCUCAACUUUCUUCGGCUUAUACUGAGUUACAAUGUACUAAAGUUGACCUAGAAACUUCAGCCAAAAGUAUAAAAGAACUAGGGUUUCAACUUUCCUCUUGUAUGAAGGAAAGUCAAGAUAUGGAAACAAAAUUAAAGAGGGUAGAAGAAGAACAUUCAUUAAUUAGCCUUGAGUUAAGAUCAACUAAAAAUGAACUUGAGUUAUCAAACAAAAAUGUAAAAUACCUUGAGGAAAUAAUUGCCACUUAUAAAAAGGAAAGUAAAAAUAUGGAAGUGGAAUUACAAAAUAUACAAAAUGAGAUCAAAGAUGAAUGUUAUAGUCAUAUGAUUGAGCAACAAUUUGUGGAAGGAGAAUUACAAAAGGUCAUUAACCAUCUUAGUAUAAUUAGUUAUGAAGUUAUGUCCACUAAUCAAAAGUUGGACGACUUAUUAAUUUCUAAGCUAUUGGGUAAAGUUAAUGGUUAUGACCAUUCUGAAGCAAUCAUCAUACAAUGUCGUCCGAAUUCGGGUUUCAAUUCUUCGUCCAUACAACAAGGUACGUAUGUGAGGAUCGCGACGAACAAUUGAUGCACCAACUCCAAUAAUACACUCAAAUGGAACAUUUCACAGAUAAUAUUGAUCUGUAGUACGUGCUAUACAUAAAGCUUAAACUAUUUGAACAUGCAUGAAUAACAUGUACUCCGAUCCGUACUAAUAGUCUAUUAAGCACGUGAUUGAUUAAUGUAUUGAAACUUCUUGUUGAAAGUGAUGUUCGAAAUUAGUGUAUUAAUUAGUGGUUCUUAAUGAUACAGUAAAGACGGGCAUGAUUACUUAUUGAUAUUAUUAGUGGCUAAUUCCACGUUCUAGCAAUAUAGGAUUAUGUUUUUAAGCCAAUAAAAAGUCUUUUUUUUCCUUUCUUUUUGUUUCUGUUAUAAGUUCAACACUUCUUGAGCGAUUUCCUUCAAUAUUACAUAAAAAUCCAAUAAUUCCCUAAAUACGUUACUUUUUAAGUUAUUUCCCACCAUACCGUCCACGUAAGCAAGGGAGAAAGAGAAGUAAUUUUUUUUUCCGGUUCAGCAUUGAACCGCCAUAUGAGAUAACGGUUUCGUUUUAAAGCAAACCGCCAUCUCAGAUGGCGGUUCAAUGUUAUAAACCGCUAUCCCAUAUAGCGGUUUGCAUUAAAACAAAACCGCUAUCUCAGAUGGCGGUUUACUUAAUUGUAAAUUAUUUUUAAUAUGAAUUACAGUUUAAACAGAAAUAUAAUUUAGAAGUAACCUCUUGUGACAUCAAUUGUGUCUGUAGCUCAGUGGAUAGAGUGGAUUGUUUCUACGUAGGAGGUCAUGGGUUCGAAUCCUACCUGAUGUGUUUAUUUCUUUUUAACCAUUUAUUAAUAUUAAUUAUAAACAUUUCCAAAUUUAACUUAUCAACAUUAGUGUUUGUAGCUCAGUGGAUAGUGUGUUUGUUUCCUAAACAGAAGGUCGUGGGUUCGACCCCUAGCUGAUGCGGUUUUUUUUUUUUUUUUACCAUUUAUAAAUAGUACGUGAUUAUAAACCGCUAUCUCAGAUAGCGGUUUACUUUAGUCAACCGCUACCUGAGAUAGCGGUUUAGUGUCGCUUGGUUGAAAAAAAAAAGACCGGUUUUAAUGCUGACGUGGACGGUAUGGUGGGAAUUAAGUUAAAAAGUGGCGCAUUUUGGGAAUUUGACGUUCUUUACACAAUAUUGAAGGAAAUCGCUCACACUUCUUUAUGAUUUUCUUUUUUAUUCAGUAUUUUCUUUUCGUUUUAUUUUUAUUUUUGACAAAGAAGACAAACAAACACAGAAAAGAAACUAAAAGUUGACAAACAAAUUAAACACAGAAAAGAAACUAAAAGUUGUAAGAAAGAAGCUCCCGACGGCGACCAAGAGCCUCCAAAUGACGAGUUGAGCCCUGUAGUGGAACGCGCAACCUUACACAUAGUCAAAAACUCCAAAGUUUCAAACAAGAUUUCGUAACUGGGAAACAAGCCAGGUCAUUUUUAAUUCCGCCUGGACCGUUGAACCUAACAAGCCUAAGCGCCACCCCGGGUAAUUAGGAGACCGACCAGAAAUAUGUUAGCAAAAGCAACAUGAUUCGAGGAAUAACGGACCAAGUUAGUAACUUUAAACUAGCUUCCUUUAGUCGGCCACGUCUAUAUCACCCCUUUCCAAAUAGGGCUGAGCAAACUAUCUGCCCGAUUUUCAGAUCGGAUAUCCGAUUCAAAAACUUUGGAUAUCAAAUACCAAUUUAGAUAGAUUUUCAUUCUUUUAGAUAUCCGAUAUCCAAAAAUAUCUUAAAUUCAAAAAAGCUCAGAACAAUACGCGGAAUAUAACACAUCUGAGCAAUAUUCAAGAACAUGUUUAUAAAAGAACAUGUUUAUAACUGUUGGUUUACUUGGUUCACACUCUACUGACAUUGUACCAACUCCACC